GUAGUUGAUAGCGACACCGGCGGACAUCGACAGGAGAAAGGCGAAUGCACGCGUUCGGGGAUCCAUUCAAAAUUAGAAAACGUUGCACAGCCCAGCAAACCAAGAAACGGACAAAAAAAAGAAAGACCUGAACAAAUAAGAAACCCGAAAGUAUUUCAUUGUAAAUUGUAUUUCACUGAAACAGAGAACCCAGAACGUGUCGCAUUCUGGUAUGUCAUAAGUGGCAUUCAUUUUCAUUCCCAUGUGCGCUGCAGCAUAAACAGCGAUCAUAAAGACAAAUGGGAAAAUAGAACAAACACAGCCCGUGAGACAUAGAUAAAUAGCACUGAAAAACAACCAGAAUCGGGACCAUCGAGGCAUUACAGCGAGGCAGCGUUUAGUGAAAGUGAAUAUCGAUCGGAUCGAUCGUCGGAUCUUCGGUUCUUCGGACGAAGCGAAGGUUCGCCUGCUGGUUCCUUAUCUGCGCACUCGGUGUCAAAGGCUCAAAGUGAACGCACUCGCAGAGCACAUCCAUCCAGUCGGUUGUUAUUCCCGCUUAAACUGAACGAUCGAGUGUAGAAGUUCAAGCUCAAGCACAAGAACGGACUGCAAAGAAGUAAAGGAAUCUACCCACGGUCCCCUUCAAUCCCAACUGUGAUAUUUUCGAACCAUGACCAAAUCAAAGGAUGACAAUCCGGAGAGGACACGCGAGCACAUCAGCGAGGAGAGCAUGAAGGAUCUGCUCACCAAGCAGCUGGAAAUCGUGGGCAGUGGCGGGGCAUUCGUCUGGGCCAUUUUCUUCCUAUGCGUCACCCCCAACAUACUGAACGGAUUCCAUGUGUCCUCCUACACCCUGCUGGGGCACCUGCCCGAGGAUCAGUGGUGUGGCCUCCCUGAUCUGGAUGCCACCAACUGGACGCUGGCCCAGAGGCGACACAUAGCCGAAGGCGGUCUAAAUUCCGGCGGGUGCACGGUGUGGGACUGGAACUACAAGCACCUCGGCCAAAUGUCCUACGAGGCGGCCCUCAACUACACAAGCCACAUGUCGGAAAUCAAUAGGCCCGCGGAGGUGUCCUGCAAGGUGAAGGGCAGCUACGAGUACGCGGAUCCGGAGAGCACCUUUGUCUCCGACUGGGAUCUGACCUGCGAGAGGAGUAUUCAGCGCACCUCAGCACAGGUCUCAAUAUCGUUGGGAAAGUUCUGUGGGUCCUUCUCCUUUGGCAUCCUGGCAGAUAAAUUCGGUCGCAAGACUUCCUUUACCUUGGGUGCCGUCUUCUUCGUUGUGGGAAGCUUCUUCUGCACCUUCUCCCCCUGGUACAGUCUCUUCCUGGCGGGUCGCUUCGCCUUGGGAGCCGCUUCCUCGGGACUCUUCUACCCGGCCUUUACAAUGAUUGUGGAAAACGUUUGCCUGAAGCAUCGCUCUUGGAUGUCCAUUGCCUUCUCGGCCUCCUAUCCCAUUGGCAUGAUCAUCUUGGCCAUUAUCGGUUACCUCAUCCAGCCCUGGCGACACUUGCAGCUGGCUCUGACCAUACCCUCGCUCCUCCUCGUCCUAAACUGCUACUUGAUGAAUGAAUCACCCCGCUGGCUCAUAACGAACCAGCGCUACGAUCGCGUCUACAAGAUCCUCUUCAAGCAGCCCAGCCACUACGAUAUUCAGCCAGCGCUGGCCGCCCCCUCGGACCUCGUCACCGAUAAGAAGUCGCUGGAACCAGAAAGCGGCUCCUCCUCGCUGCUGGAAAAACUCAAGAAUGGCCCACUCAAGUCCAUCAUCGAGCUAUUUGCCAAUCCCAAUGUGCGCAAGCUGAUCUUCACCUCAUACUUUAUGUUCUGCGUGACAUCGCUGAGUUACUAUGUGACGGCUCUGAAUGCGGCCAACCUUUCGGUGAGUCGGUACCUGUACAUCGUGGCCACUGGCCUGGUGGAUAUCCCUUCGUAUUUGGUGCCGGUGAUCAUGCUGCGAUUCACUGGCCGACGCAACACAACCAUGUUCCUGUUCAUGUGGACGGGCGUCUCGCUGCUGCUGGUCCUCUCCGUGCCUGCGGGCAGCACUACCUGGAUCGUGGCCUUCGCCAUGCUGGGUCGCUUCGGAAUCAGUGCCACCUACUCCGUGGUCACGCUCUACACGGCGGAACUGUAUCCCACCCAGAUCCGUAACUCUGCCCUGGGCACCUGCUCGACGUUUGCCCAUGUGGGAUCCAUUUCCGCCCCCUAUGUGGUCGAUGUGCUGGGAGCCCUCGGCUGGUACAUUCCAACGACUAUCUGCGGCUGCUGCGUUCUAGUAGCUGGCCUGCUGACCCUCACUCUGCCCGAAACGGGCACGGGCAAGCUCUCGGACAAGAUCGAUGGUGUUGCUGCCGCCGAUGCUCAAGCUCCUGUGGCACAGCUGGAGAAGCCAGAGAAGCAGUGAGCGAGGCGAUCGGUGCCUUUAGGUUAGUUAGUCCUACGUAUCGUUUAGUGUAUAGAAGUAUCGUCAACUGCAGUACUCUAGCCUCUAAGUUCGCUGUUAAUCUUUGCAUUCUUUUAGUAUAUAUUCGUAAAUUGUUUUCUGUUUGAUAUCGUAUAAUAAACCACUUAUAUACAAGUCA